UGAGACUUGACUUCGUGUGUGUGUGUGUGUGUGUGUGUGUGUGUGUGUGAGUUGAUUUUCCAGUUUGUGGGCUGGGUGGGGGAACCAGACGUUGCCCUAAGUGGCCUUAGACCUCCUUUUCCCUGAGUGUGCGUGGAGUGUUAGAGUGGGAGCCUGUUUUCUCUCAGGAGACAGGAACAACAAGAGGGCACCCAGCUCCUUGGUCCCCAUUCAGAUCUUAUGUCACCUCCUCUGUCUGCCUUGUCCUCUGCUGUGGCAAGGGCUGGGGGUUCCAGAGAGAGUCUGAGCCCUAUGCGUCUGGGGGCUGACCGGAUGCCCUGCCUGCAGGUGGUGCAGCUGAAGGCCGUAUUCCCGCACGGGGCAGGCUUUGUGCUGGCCUUCGAGUUCAUGCUGUCAGAUCUGGCGGAGGUGGUGCGCCACACCCAGAGGCCGCUUGCCCAGGCACAGGUCAAGAGCUACCUGCAGAUGCUCCUUAAAGGUGUCUCCUUCUGCCACGCCAACAACAUCGUGCAUCGGGACCUGAAACCAGCCAACCUGCUCAUCAGUGCCUCGGGCCAGCUCAAGAUAGCGGACUUCGGCCUGGCCCGGGUCUUUUCCCCAGACGGCAGCCGCCUCUAUACGCACCAGGUGGCCACCAGGUGGUACCGAGCCCCCGAGCUCCUGUACGGUGCCCGCCAGUAUGACCAGGGGGUCGACCUGUGGAGAUCACGGAGCUGCCCGACUACAACAAGAUCUCCUUCGAGGAGCAGGCGCCUGUGCCCCUAGGAGAGGUGCUGCCCGACGCCUCUCCCCAGGCCUUGGACCUGCUGGGGCAGUUCCUCCUCUACCCUCCUCGCCAGCGCAUUGCAGCCUCUCAGGUAGGGUGACCCGUGGCCCUGACCCUCCUCACUCACGCUCCUGGGACUCAGGAGGUCACGGUCCCUGAGAAGGUGGGAUGGGGGCCGAACCUCCGAGCCUCUCUUGAGCAGACCCCGGAGGGGCUGCGGGCAGGAAGGGUGGCCCACUGGAAGGGCGUGCCCACCUCACAGAAGACAGCCCCUCCGGUUACUGGUGACUCGCUUCGUCAUGUCUUCAUUCCUUCAGCAGGUAUUUACUCAGCGUUGGCAUAUUCCAGGCACUGUCCUGGGCCUGGGCCAGAGCGAACAAGUGGUCAUGGCCCCAUCCCUGUGGGGUCUCUACCUUGUGG